GUGUUCGUUAGUUAGUUAUCCGCAAGGUGUCGUGGGCGCUAGACGUUCUGUUACGUCGUUUGACGAAUGACGUACAUCGAGUGCAACGAUAUGUGACGUCUCGGCUCGUAAAACACGGAAUAUCUGAAAGUGAUAAGAUUUAUGACAGCCAAUCGGGAUUACCGGUAAGAGUUUGUGAACAACUUUGUGUACUUAAAACUUUGUUCGCCUAAUAGUUUAAGUGAAGUGUUGAGUGUGGUUUACUGUUUUAGUGAAAAUUGUUAUAAACAGGAAAGUUUAUAUUUAUGAAGUGACUCCAAUUUUAUUUCCUCUGGAUUUAUCAGAUGAUGCAUUCGACAAACAAAGAACAGGAACACCGCGAAGGUACUAAACGGUACAGCGAAUGGAUGCGACGAGGUUGAGUCAUGCGGGCGCAGAAUCGGUUCGAUAUGAAUGCGAUGAGCUUCAGCUACCGACUCAAGAUCGGGCUCGUUGUUAUCGUUAUAAUGGUGCUGGGGUUUUUUAAUGAGAGUCAAGGUACAGCACACUACGGGGAGGACAGUGUGGGGUCAUUUCCGUACUUCGAAUACAAUGUGCCUCGGAAUGUCACUACCGUGGUCGGUCAGACCGCGUUCCUGCAUUGUAGGGUUGAACAACUUGGGGACAAAGCUGUAUCGUGGAUUAGGAAAAGGGAUCUGCAUAUAUUAACGGCUGGGAUACUGACUUAUACUUCGGAUCAAAGGUUUCAGGUAAUCAGACCGGAGAAGUCAGAAAAUUGGACGCUCCAAAUAAAGUUUCCGCAAGAACGGGACGCGGGAAUUUACGAGUGUCAAGUCAAUACUGAACCGAAAAUGUCCCUGGCCUUUCAACUGAACGUCGUUGAAGCGAAAGCUCACAUCCUGGGCCCAGUGGACCUUUACGUGAAGACUGGCAGCUCACUGUCACUCACGUGCAUACUGAGUCAGGGGCCACAUGACCUCGGCACCAUAUUUUGGUAUAAGGGAUCAAACAUAAUAGAGUAUAAGGAGUUAGAAGAGAACGAGCUGGUGGAGGAACCGCGAGUGAGACUGAAGACGGAAUGGACGGAGCAACUGACGUCCCGACUGACAGUUGAGAAGCUACUGCCAGGAGACAGUGGGAACUACAGCUGUGUGCCGACUAUGGCUGAAGCGGCUUCUGUUAACGUGCAUGUUAUAAAUGGCGAACAUCCAGCAGCGAUGCAGCACGGGAACGCAAACACAGCAUCACCCUGUGCGCUGUCGGUUAAUUUACUCAUUUCAUUAUAUUGCACGCUCGCUACUUUAUACACGAGUACCGUGGACGGAUUCAGAUGAAAAUUACACAAGGUACUAUGAAACGACAUUGUGUGGCAAUGUUGUUAUUUGUAUAAAUGAGUCUUAAUUAUAUUGCCGUAAGGUCUAUUUUGGUGUGGAUGUUAAUUGUUGUUUGGUGGAAGUUUCUGGUAUUUUUCUUUUAUUAGUUUUGAUUGCGUUUGUACACUAUUAAAUACUAACGCUUAUGUUAAUUUUUUUUUUUAGAAACCGUAGUAACAUAGCACAACUAUUUUUAUGUAUAUUUUAUUUUCAAAACAAUACAUCUUUCAUUGUAAAAGGAACUAUACCAAAAACCACUACGAAGGAUCACCUUUUAAUUCAAAAUGGCAAUUCAAAUAAAAAAAAAAUAUUAUGUAAGUAUACCUUUUACUUUCAAGCACAGAUUAAAUUCGUUUCUCUCAUUUGUACCUUAUACGUGUCAAAAACGGUCGAAUAAGUUUUAAAUCGAUUUUAACGGACGAAUUGUAAUGCCCAAUCGAAUGUUCUAGAAACAAGACACCAUUGAUCUUUGAUUCUGUACCGUUAAUUCGAAUAUCCAAUGGAUUUUUUGGUCCAAUAGCCGUGAUCAGUGGUUUCAAUAGAAUUACGUUUCAUCUUUGUUUUUGAUGAAUUUGUUUUGGUUUUGUUAUAAACAGGAAUGUCUUCUAAGAUAUUGUGAGAGAAGAAUUUUGUUAUAUAAUUCUGUCUUUGGAGAUUGUUUCCUUUUCAAUUGAAUUUAAACCAAAUCUGCAAAGUUAGUUACCAUUUCUUUAAUUGUAUUUAUAUUUAAACUAUUUAUUUUUUCAUGGUCACCAGAUUAAUAUUUUUUGUAUUAACUAAUUUGAUUUAUUUAAAUGGAAUAGGUACCAUUAUUCCAUCUUAUAGCAAUUGACGACCAGAGUCAAAAAUUUUCAUUGAAAUGUGUAUAGAAUAGCCUUCAUGUUGAUAAGAAUAGGUUAAGAUAAUUAUUGUAAUUAAUUUUAAUUAUUUAUUUUAAUAUUAAAUAUUGCCGGGAUUACCUACCUAUGUAUAAUUUAUCGUUUAUUUACCUAUAUGUGAAAGAUUAUGUGAUGUUGAAGUAAUUAGAGCUAAACCUUCGUUAGUGUUAUUACAAAAAAGUUUAAUAAUCGUUUGUCAACUGUUUAAGAGGUUUUUUUGUUUAGACACCUGUCGAACGUUUGACUAACUUUUUUGUAAUAAAACAGUGUAAGUCCUUACAGUGUUUUUCCUUCUGUCUUUUUCAAAGUAAGCAACUUUUACAAGGAAUUAAUUAUAGGACGAACAUUUCUGACGUUAUUGAUAAAGAGUGUCUCAGAUUAUUUUUACUGGCUCUGGAUUUUUAAUGUUUUUUUACUGUUUUCAAAUAACUAACUAAAAGGCUUCUAAAAUACCGUUUGGAUAAAUUUACCAGUAGUUUGCACGAUCUUAAAUCUCUGAACACUUGCCCAGUUUUUUAUACUAUGAAUUUUAUUCAAAAAAAUAAUGGCCUUCGAAUUUCGGCAAAUUGUAUAUACUUGAACUUAAUUUUAACUUAAGUAUAAAAUUGACGGAACGUGGUGUUUAACUUAAGAGAUAGAGAUUGUAUCAUAAAAUGAGUAGAAUUUUUAACAAAUAUGAAAUAUUUACAUAUUCGUUUUUUAUAAUUCUGUCCUUUCUGUAUUAGGUUAAAUGUUUGUUUUAAAAAGGCAACAGAUUAAAGUUGUGACUAUGUAUUUGACAACUGUACUCACACUAAAUCAUUUUUUUUUUAAAUAUAUUAAAUUCUGGGUUUUUAUUUUGAAUAUCCUUUCAGUAUUUAUUCGGAUUUCAUGCUAUUCGCUUUCAAAUCCGAUUAGAUUUUUGAUUGAAAGAGAUAUUAAAAAUGUCUGUUAGUUUUUAGAUUUUUUUUUCUCAUUUAUUUGUGAAAUAUUAAUAUUUCACUGUAAUUUAAUUUGAAUAUUUAUAAUUGAAAUCCUAAAAGACUUGUACAUUUUAUAGAACUAUAUAUUAUUUUUAUUUCAUAAACUUAAAUCUAUACUGUUAGAAUUAUAACACCAUUAUAAUUUCGAAAAAUGAAUGUUAUAGUUAAUUCAUAGGAAAAUUUAUUGUAAAUAAUUAUAUUUAACAGAAUUUUAAGUACACGAUCGAAAAUAAAAUAGCACCGAAUUAUAUUUGUAUUGUUAUUUUGUAGUUGUUUUUCUAGUCGAAUGUUUAAAUAGUAUAAUAAAAAAUUAUGUGUAUUAUAAAUGUAAAUGAUUAUUUGUAAAUAGUAAAAUAACAAUAAUUUAUUGAAAUAUUAAAUUAAUAAUUUGUUACUAUUAUUCAUUUAUGCAAUAAUGUGCGGUAGAGAAUUUUAAAGUUUGGUAAAAGAUGGAUUCAUUUUCAAAGGGAUAAAUACAAAUUGUAGGAAACUGAUAAACAAAAUGAUUAUGUAACUAAUGGUAAGGCAAACUUUGACAAAUAAAGAUAGAAUCAUU